UUUUCUUUUGCUAGUUAUGCCCCUAAAACCCACGCACAAAUAUUUAUUCCCCAGUCGGUCUUCUAUCUUUGUGACCUUUCUUGCUCGGCUCUCUCUCACUCUCAACAAAAAUACAAGCCAGAGAGAGCUUCUUUCUUCGUGUUCGGAGUGAGUUGUCGAGCUCCUUUUACCUCUCAGUUCCAUAACUGAACCUCCGUCGAUUGCCAAGUGCGAUUGGAAAAGCAAUGAGAUAAGGAUUGAGCAAUUUUGAUUUCGGAGCUCAAGGUUUAGAGAUUCAAGUUCUGCCAUGGAAGCAGCUAUUCUCAGUUCUUAUACACCGCUUUCCACAACGGCGGACCUUAGGAUUCGAGCAGGAAAGUUUGCUGGAUGUAAUCUCCAAUUCUAUAAUAUGCCACUGAACAGAAUACACAUUCCUCUCAAGUUAAAAUUUUCUGAACCGACUAGAAGGCGCUUUUCUUCACGGGAGGGGCUGAUAUUGUCUCAUGGAAAGAAAGAAUUGUCCAGCUAUUUCACCCAUCAACUUUCAAGCGACUAUACAAGUAUCAGGGCAGCAUCAGGAGAAACACUACAUUAUGGACAGUCUUCAUCAGUGAGUGAAGAUGAGGGAGUGUCACUAACAUCUACAGAUGCCAACGAAUUUGUGUCUUUGCAGCCUAAGCAGAAGCAAUUUAGAAAUAGAUUCUUGAACUUUGUAAGACUGGGUUCCGUUGUUGAUAAUGCUGCUGAGUCUUUUUUCAAGAGUGAGAUAAGGAGAAGGCUGUUUGUGACUGCCAUCUUAAUUGUCAUUAGUCGUAUAGGAUAUUUCAUUCCUCUUCCAGGAUUUGACAGGAGGUUGAUUCCAGAAGACUAUCUCAGCUUUGUCUCGAAAUCAGUUGAUCAACUGGGUGAUUCCACUCCAGAACUUAAACUUUCUCUUUUCCAACUUGGGGUCAGUCCUCAGAUAGCGGCAUCCAUUCUUAUGCAGGUAUUAUGUCACGUUCUUCCUUCUUUAGUGAAGCUGAGAAAAGAGGGCUUAGAUGGGCAUGAGAAGAUCAAGAGUUAUAUAUGGUGGAUCUCGCUUGGUUUUGCAAUUUUGGAAGCUCUUAUUCUCUCUUGUCACUCACUUCCAUAUUCAAUACAUGCUGCCAAUCAUAGGGUUAAGCAUGUGUUGAUGACUAUGUCUCUUUUAGUUUCUGGUGCAAUGACUAUGUCAUGGAUCUGCGACAAAAUAACAGAGUCUGGAUUUGGUCAAGGAUCAACUUUGAUUAUUUGUGUGGGCAUUUUGACUGGCUAUACAGAUACAUUGCAGAAAAUGUUAACUCAAAUAUCAGGAAGUAGUGGGAACUGGUGGCUCUAUGUACUUGCAGUACUGGGUGUUUUUACUGUCGUUACAAUGUGGGCUGUCGUUGUGAGUGAAGGGUGCCGGAAAGUUAAGCUGCAGUAUUAUGGUUUCAGAGUUGCUUCUGGUGCAAGAGAAGAUUCUCUAGUUCCAGCAGUGGAGCCUUAUAUCCCAUUCAACAUAAAUCCAGCAGGAAUGCAGCCUAUCCUUGUUACCUCUUAUCUGUUGGCACUUCCCGGCAUUCUUGCAAGUCUUCUUGGUUCAAGGUUUUGGGAACACAUUAGAGACGUUUUGAAUCCUGACACUUCACAUGGCGCAGAUCCAUGGGUUUACUAUACAGUUUAUGCUUUCUUUGUCUUUCUCUUCAACAUAUUUGACAUUGCGAACAUGCCAAAAGAAAUUGCUGAUUACUUAAACAAGAUAGGUGCUAGAAUUCCAAGUAUAAAGCCUGGAAAAGCCACAAUUGCAUAUUUGACAAAGAUUCAAGCUUCAACGCGGUUCUGGGGUGGUCUGUUAUUAAGUGUUUUGGCGACUACAUCCUCCAUUCUAGACCAUUAUUUGCGGCGCAUCAAUGAAGGAUAUGCAAUAGGAUUGACAUCAGUGUUAAUAAUUGUAGGUUCAAUCAUUGAAUUGAGAAGAUCUUAUCAAGCAUAUAAUGUAAUGCCAAGUCUAAGUAUGGCUUUGAAGCGUUAUGGUGUAUGAGAUUGGAGUGUGGCUCUAUUCGAGUAAAUGGGAUUCAGUUCUUGCUUGCAUCAUUGGUUCUGAGAAUAUAUUGCAUAGUCUAGGAUGUUCUUGAGCGAAAUCUUAACUACCAGUCAACUUUUAAAACUUGGAAGAUCGAAGAUAUCGCAAUCAGCCAACUCUUCUCGGUGAAGACACAUUUUCCAUAUGUAGCAAGAUACAGGAUAACUAGCAUGAAAUAGCUGAAUUUAGACAAAGGCAAGCAUGACACGGAGGGUUUAUCGAUUUAUUUACAAAGCAUCAUCAUUUGGCUUUCUUACGUUCCAAUGUUGCCACAAACUGAUGAAGUGAUGUCUGAGCGUUAGUAGAGUUCAAGAUACCUGCAGAAUACGCGCGUUCACCUUGUAUAUAAUUACAUUUUUUACAAAUACUGUAGAUGGCCAAGUUAUGGCAUGAAGCAAGUCUAUUCUUCUAUCGGCAUGCAAAACAUGAUGUGAUUUUGCUAUACUUUUGAGGGGUAUGUUUACAGUCUGCUUGUGAUUGUUGAAACGUGUGCAUCAGUGUGAGUUUUUAACCAUAUUUACGCGAUGAACAUUAGUCUGUACGAAAAAUGUUCCUUUCUUUUCUCUCUAUUUAAUGGAGUUAAAAACAUUGCAACUA